GUAAACAAAUUGUCACUUCUUACUCUUCGCCUGCAGGGGUCGCUGUAGAAGACGUCACUUCCUGGCGGGAUUUCGAGUUCGAUGUAAACAAAGCCGGUGACAGACACCGUGUUUUUUCCCCCCAGGUAACCGAUGCCCCGUGCGUGACAGUCGCAGCACAAACGCUGCUCUGCAAUGGACCCAUCUGACAACGUAGAGAACCUCAACCACAUGGUGGAUGCUGUGGCACUGAAUGAUGAUUCAGCUCCUGGCGGCAACACCGAACAGAAGGAUACCUCGCCAUCAGACAUGCUGAGAAUUAAACAGCAGAUGUCCAACCAGUGCUUUGAGAUGGCAGUACAGCUCCAUGCAGGAAAAAGUAAGAGGUCCUGCAGCGCAUGUGAAGCUGAGCGAGACUUGCCAGAUUAUGUCAGUGAGUUGGAAAGAGUCAAGGCGGUCACUUUUAACAGCACGCUGACGCUGCACAGAAUGCAGAUGUGGCACGCUAUUGGAGAAAAACUGAAAGAGAAUAAUUCAGAAGCAGAAGGCCUGAAAGUUGUGAGUGAUCGCUGCAUGGCUCUUUGUUCGCGCAUAAAACAACUUCAACAAGAGUCAAAAGAGCUUCAAGAUAAAAUCACAGAAAUACAGAAGAAGAGGCUUGAGAUGAAGCGGCUCACGCAUGAAAAAAUGAGAGAGAUGGAAGAGUUGAAGUCAAAGAAAGAGCACCCGGAUACAGAGAAGUACAAAGCUGCGUUGGAGAAAGGCCGGGCAAACCUAGAGAAAUAUAAAACGAUGGCCACCAUGACCCAGAACGUCCUCAGGGGCAUAAUCUUGGCCUGUAAAGUCAACUGGCUGGAUGAUCCCAAACUUCGAGACAUCGCCAUGACACUGGAAGAAAUUCCCAUAUCUGACUAGAGAAGGGAUUAAUUUGUCUUGUCCAUGUGUUUCUGUGUCAUAUUGUCUAAUAAACGGCAAAAAACCCACUCAA